AUGGAACAGGGCGACCGGCAGGCAAUUCACCCUUUUUUUCAUCAAGUUCCAAAGCAUGGCCAUUCCGACACCUCUCAAAUCCCACCCGAAACACCUUCCGAUCCAUUCGCCUUUGCUUCUUCGCUGAACCAACUACCUGAAAACAAGCCAGACACACAUGCAGCAGUCUCUGGGACAUCAACAAGCUCUAAAAUGAGAGAUACUAUUCCCUCAAGCCCGGAAGGAGACCCCAACGCUGGUCGGAGAAAACGGCGCAAGACUGAGAAGGCAAGGAAUGCCGGAAAUGAGGCCUCUCUCCGAGCUGGGCUGUCAGGAUGGCUAGGUAAAGAGAUACCUCCUCCGGUCGGCGCUCUGCAACCGACGUCAAGCACAGAAAAUUGUGAUCUUCAGACAUCUUCUAUACAAGUGGAAGUUCAACACCUCGACAACAAUAUAGCUGAACUCCAUCCAAUUGCUGCAUAUCCGGUGCCUCCAAUUGAUGAGACAGCUCCGAAACGAAAAAUUGUGAAGCUGAAUCUCAAUGGGAGAUUGCUAAGUUCACCCCCGCUGAGUCCCCCGGGAACUGCUGGACAGAAUCAAGGAGUUGGCAAACGUGGACGGCCUAAGAAGUCUCAACAAAAACUGAUUUCAAUAAAGUACAACCCGGGCACGGAAAAGAACAUUGCACAGAUGAUUGGAGAGAUUCUCGAUGGAAAAAUCCGGCAUAGUGCUUGCAAAAGCGCAUCUAAGCUCGUGCCAAAGUCUUCGGUCUCAACAGCAAAUGCUGGGUCUAAAAAGACUCAAACCUCAAAACCGACACACCCAUUCUUUAUGAAAAAGCCUGCAUCAAGGCCACAGACAGAUUCCUCAAAUGCCUCCUCGCCGGGCCAUACCAAGGCGCUGAAUACUUCAAAGCAAUCCUUCCCCUCAUUCUCUCUCUUUGAUCGCCCAAAAGUCAAAUUCCCAGAACUUAUAGAUCCUCUGUGGCCAUCUCGAGACUUUGUUCACGUAUAUGGAAUCGAUACAGAGGCAUCCAAUUCUUGGAAUACUCUUAGCCAAGGCCAGCCUGAUCAAAAGAAGGCCAAAGUCCCACUUAUUCGGAUUCCUGAGCAUGAGAAUGCCGUUCUAGCGAGCACUGCAUCGGCUAGAACGGCUGCAAAACUUGAACUAACAAAUGAGUGUGAUUCAAGACCUACGCUGCGGCUUCCGACACGACAUAAAACAAGUGGGAAAGUCCUGCAAAGGGCAGCUCAUGCACAAAUGUCUUCGAACCUACCUAAUCAACCUGCAGGUCCAGUACACCCUUCUAUCUCUAAAUCUCAGUUAUCGUUAUCUCAGUCUCUUUCUGCUUUCGACAAUGGAAAAUAUGAAACCCAGCUGUGGGCACACAAGUAUGCCCCUAAAACGGCUGAAGAUGUUCUGCAAGUUGGACCCGAAUCACGAGUCCUUCGAGAUUGGCUGAAUCAUCUCAAAAUCACUGCAGUCGACACUGGGAAAUCAUCUCACGAGAGCAAGAAGAAAAAAUCAAAACGCGAAAAGAAGCAGAAAGCCCAACGAAAAGCCGACAAGCUUGACGGCUUCAUUGUUUCUAGCGAAGAAGAAGCAUCUGAAAUGGAAAAUCUUUCUGGCUCAGAUGACGAGCUGGCUGGCGAUGUCACUGUUUCCACUCAACGGACUGUCGUACGAUCUGGGGAUAAUCCUCAGAAAGGCUCUGACAAAGUCCAAGUCACGAAUGCUAUUCUUUUGAGUGGCCCAUCUGGCUGUGGCAAGACUGCCUCAGUCUACGCGGUUGCUAAAGAACUGGACUUUGAAGUAUUUGAAAUUAGCCCUGGUAGCCGCCGGAGCGCCAGAGAUAUGCUCGAAAAAGUCGGCGACAUGACUCAAAACCAUCUGGUUCAUCUCUUGCACGACGUAGACGAGUCCUCUUCGAAAUCUCGGUGUCCCUCAGUGCUAGAAGAGCCCAAGCAAAACAAGCUGAUGGGUUUCUUCAAAGGCCAGCCUUCCAAAACACCCCAAUCAAGUGAACAAGCAGAACCAUCACGCCAUGAACCCGAGAACGAUAUGAAACGUCCCCGAGAGCAGAAACAGUCUUUGAUUCUCCUUGAGGAAGCAGAUAUUCUGUUCGAGGAGGAUAGGAAUUUUUGGACUGGCGUGUUCACCCUCAUCAGCCAAUCUCGUCGGCCCAUUGUAAUUACUUGCAAUGAGGAGAGUCUCGUCCCGAUCCAGGAUAUGUCACUGCAUGCAAUUUUGCGCUUCCAGAAACAGCCUCCAAACCUUGCCGUUGACUACAUGCUUAUGGUGGCCGCAAGCGAGGGCCAUGUGCUGAAGAGAGAUGCUCUGAGCAAGCUAUACGACGGUUCUGGCCACGACCUUCGACGAUCCCUUAAUGACAUGAAUUUCUGGUGCCAGAUGGGCGUUGGCAGUGACAAAGCAGGACUAGAUUGGUUCCUACCUCUUUGGCCACCCAGCAACAAUGUGGAUACGGACGGUGACCAGGUCAGGGUGUUGAGUUUUAACACAUAUGAGCCUUUCAUGGGCUGGUUAAAUCGAGAUCUUCUUAUGGACGAUUCUCCCUUGGAAAAGGAGAUUGAAUCACUACGCAAUACAUUCCACUGGUGGCGACUAGGCGUUCCCGAUUUGGAAGAUGCGAGUGGUUUAAAUCGUGCAGAGAUCCUCCCUUCUGAUCAGUUCGCUAUGAAAUCUAAUCUGGAGAAGCUCGAAUUAUUGAAACAUCAAGAGGACUACUCAGACAGUCGGAGCUCACUCGAUAUGCUCUCGUCGGGUUGCUGGGUUGACACACCUAAUGACUUCCUUGAUACCACCGUUCCACCAAUGCCCGAAGCACAUCGAUCAAACUACAUUGAUUCCUAUCCGCUUCUACAAACCGACUUACGUCCCAAACAUUCCACCCUCGACCAAGAAAUCAGCUUUACACAUGCUGCAUUACUUUCUCGCCAUUUCCGAGGACCUGCUGAUAACAUCGAAUCCACAUGCACAACCCGAAUUUUCAACGGCUGGACCCAACUUGCCAUGCGGCGUCAAGUAUACCCUUCUACCAAACCUGCGUUCCAACAUGUUUUUGGACCUAUAAUGCGGGCACGACCUUAUGCCGCCAUGGGACGCCUUGCACCAUCUUUUGAAAGCAGUCUUUCUAUAAUAACCGAGGACCUUGCUCCGUAUAUUCGCGGUAUCAUGACAUUUGACGCCCGUCUCAAACAGUACCGUGAUCAACUAUAUUCAAUAUGGGUUCAGGAGCAGGGACACGGAGAUAAACGUGCACGAACAACUCGUGCCAGUCGCGCUGCGCUCGAAGGGAGUGACAAGGCCUACACACGGAAGGAGAGGUGGUUCCCUGAUGAUACCAAUUACUUUCAGGUACAGUGCACGGGCAUGCCUGAAUGGCAGAAUGCCUUAUAUCAGAUGGGCCAUUUUCAUGUCCAGCCUGCGAUGCAAGCUACUCACGCCCAUGAUGGGAAUGGAAGUCCCGUUGGACAUUAUGGAAAUUAA